UACUGCUCUCCCUCCUUCAUUCGAUCAUUGUUCUGAGUUCCUGGUGAUUGUCUCUCGAAAACUCUUGCAAAAAUGGUCAAUCUUGGAGAUAUUUUCCCUGAUUUCAAAGCAGAGUCCAGUGAUGGACCUAUUCAGUUCCAUCAGUUCAUUGAGGGAACGUGGGCCAUUAUGUUUUCUCACCCUGCUGACUAUACCCCAGUCUGCACAACAGAGCUUGGUCGUGUGGCACAACUCGCAGGUGAAUUCAAGAAGCGUGGUGUCAAGAUGAUUGCUCUAUCUUGUGAUGAUGUCGAGUCUCACAAAGGGUGGAUCAAGGACAUCAAUGCUUAUAGUGGUGAAGGAUUUCCUUAUUCAAUCCUGGCUGAUCCCAAGAGAGAGUUGGCUGUUCAGCUGGGAAUGGUCGAUCCUGAUGAAAAGGAUGCCAAGGGUCUUCCUCUGACAUGCCGAGCUGUAUUCAUUAUUGGGCCAGACAAGAAGCUCAAGCUUUCAAUUCUGUACCCUGCCACCACUGGACGCAAUUUCAAUGAGAUUCUUCGUGUGAUCGACUCCCUUCAGUUGACGGCCACAAAGAAGGUAGCCACACCUGUUGACUGGAAGAGUGGAGAAGACUGCAUGGUUCUGCCCAGUGUCUCUCAAGAAGAUGCUGUCAAGCUCUUCCCUAAGGGCGUCAAGGUCAAGGAACUCCCUUCAGGCAAGCAAUACCUCCGCUACACCCCCCAACCAGAAUAAACACAACAAACUCUUCACACUGAAGAUGCAACGUAACAGGACUACGAGACAGUUUUAACAGUUUUAUAGUACGUACAGAGUAGAAUAUAGUCUCCAUGAGGGAAGUGUAUCUUUGUAGGUGCUACGUCCAGAAAUGUGACAAAGUAUUAAACUUUUUCAUCAUACGCUUUUUCUUUA